AUGGCCCUGCAGUUAUCAGAAAUUACCAACGCAGCGGACUUUGCUGAAGUGGUUAAAGUCGAGCACAGAGCUUAUGCAACGCCAGCAAACAGUCUAUGGGAAGUCCUCAAAGGUCCCAACAUCGACGAGUGUGCUGAGCGACAAUGGGCUUGGCAUAUGGGCACCCCAAAUAGCCACUGGCUCACUGUAAAGGAUGGAAAUAAGUCAAUCAGUGGCGCUGAGUGGAUUGUCCAUGAAACAAAUCCCUUCGAAAAGCCACAGCCGAUUGUGAAAGCCACUUGGUGGCCAGAAGGUCCACUGAAGACAAUUUCCGACGAUUUCUUCGAGACAUUCUUCGGGGGUCGCCCUUCAGUCAUGAAUCGUCCACACUUGCUCUUGAAUUAUUGCUUUGUAGAUCCAGAGCACCGCCGUAAAGGAGCAGGUAGCUUGAUGAUGCAAUGGGGUUGCAAGCUCGCCGACGAAAUGGGACUCGAAGCAUUUGUAGAGUCUACCGAUGAUGGACGUGAAUUGUACAAAGCCCAUGGAUUCGUCAUUGUUCGCCCUUUCUUCCUUGAGGUACCACCUGCUACAGAGGGCGAUGAAGAGGAGUUUGCGAAGUUGAAGGAAGCCAUUGCGCCUAAGCCGUAUCGUGUUUGGCUCAUGUGGAGACCCAAGGGUGGAAAGUUUGAGGAGGGGAAGACUGUGUAUUCGUGGGAGAAUUAA